AUGUGUGAACCACCACAACAAAUCAACACUCUUCGUUCUCCUUCAACCCUUUUUCAAAUUCUUCCUACUACUCCUGAAAAAUCCAACCGUUACUCUCCAAAUUCAAACCCUCAAGAUAGGAAUAACUGCUUCGAAUGUCACCAGCCAGGUCACUGGGCCUCCGUUUGUCCUCUCAAAUCCCCUAACAACAGCAACACUAAACCCCAUUUCAAUUCAUCACUUUCUGCUUCCAAACUGAUACAGUGCCGUUGCGGUCACGGUUUUUGCCAUGUUAAAACCGCUCACAGUGAAAAAAACUACGGGAGACGCUACUUUCUAUGUCCCAUCAAAAGGGGUGCACGGUGUAGUACUUUUGUUAAGUGGUGUGAUGAUCCCAUCAAUGAGACUGAUUUGCAGCCUCCUCUGAUCAUGUAUCCUGAGUGUAAAUGUGGAGCUGGUGUUUGUAGAAAAGUGAUGGAAACAGAAGAAGGUUCUAAUGGGGUUAAAUACUAUUUUGCUUGUCCCAUUAAACAGGGUCAUGGGUCUUGUGGUUACCGAGUGUGGGAAGAUGAACUACUUAGCGUUGACGCAAGCAUCAAUAGCACGAGCGUUGUUCCUGUCCGACAGAGCAAGCAAAGAUCUCUCAAUGAAUUUAUCAAGGGAGACCAAAUCGAUACAGCUGUUAAUGACGACCUGGCUAAUGAUUUGGCUGAUGGUAGUGAUUUGCUAUUAACAACCAAAAGGAUGAGAAUAACGGAUAGUUCCGAGAAUCCUUCACCUGUGUCUGGAUCUGAGAUACUAGAGGGAAAAAGUGGAGGUUCGUCUGUAGAGGAGGCCGGUUCACUAGAUGUCGGUUUUCCAGAAAUUGAGUUUGAGGAUGAUCUAGAAUCAAUAAACUUAGCCUCAUGGGCAGCAAUUGAGGCUGAAGCUUUUCUAUUUUCACGUCUGUCAACAACCUCGAGGAUCAGUUGUCGACAGAGCUUAUUCCAAAACGACGUUUUGGCUGCUGAUGCAUCAUUAGGUAUUAUUCCAUCGCCCGAUACUAUAGAAGUUCCUAAACAAACAAGUACGCUUAAUAGCCAAAGUGAAUGCAACAAUCUCGCUAUCAAGACUCCUAAUCAAUGUACCCAACUUUCGACAGAUGUAGUAAGCCUUGACAGAUCACCGGGAAGUGACAGCCAGCUAAAAGCACAAAGACAAAGAGAAGUUGCAUUAUUUACACAGCAACGACUUCUCAAUGAUCUAGAGGAUUUUCACCAGCAUGAAUCCAUGCGAGAGACGGCGGAAGCCACUUUUUCUAUGUUAAACCUUUUAGGAUUUGAGUGUAAACAAUUUUCUGACUAUGUAUGGAACUUCAUCAACCUCGCAACGUCUAUGGCAGAAAUUGACAAGUCCAUGAAAAAUUCUCCAACGUUGGAGGAGCACAGUAAAUUCUUGGAGGUGGAGAAAGCGAGACUGGCUAACAUCAAGGAUGAUUAUAUGAAAACCAAGGCUUUGCUCGCGGCAUCCAAUCAAAAGAGAAAUCUGCUUUCUGAAGAUAUUGCUCGUCUCGAGGCGAUGGUCCUUGAAAAAGGAAAAGAGUUGAAAAUUUGCGAGUCGGAGACAGUGAAGGUAGAGAUUCAGCUUGACGAUUUAAAAAGAAGAAAGUUAGAGGUUGACAUAUCCGUAAAAGAUAAAGCUCGGCAAGCCGAAGAAGCAAGGAAACAAAUUGUAGAGAGAGACAGAAAGCAAGUUGAAGCCAUGACAGCGUUGGAGAAGGCUAAACAUGAAUUGGUAAAUUAG